ACAGUCAACAGUAGGGAAUCCAAGAUCACGUCCCCUCUUCCUGGACACUGAAAGAGGACCCUCUGGGCCUUUUUAUUGUGUGAAGUUGGCAGGGUGUCAUCUUACUACUCACUCAGAAGGGUGGCUGGGAAGGAAAAAAAGGCAUCCCAAACUUAGCAACUGCGUAACAUCUCCUUAUCCCCGAAACCUUAAACUGUGUCAAGUCAAAGAAACUCUGGGCCAAUCCUUACCAUGCAGCUGUUGACUGCAGUAAGUCCGCAGUCACUCUCGACUCCAAGCUGGAAGAUCGAGACCAAGUAUUCAACCAGAGUGCUCAUUGGAAACUGGGUGGAAGAGAGGAGGAAGCUCAGAGCUCAGAUGGGGAAAAGCAGCAGAGUCCACAUUUCAAGCUUGGCAAAGCUGUGGAAAGCAGCAGUGAUCACAGCCAGUGAAGCAGCCAGGGGACCUGCAAAUGUCCGGGGGAAGAGAUUCCAGUUCACCAAAGCCGCGGAGAAAACACCCCAGUGCAUUUACAGAAAAGAGUACGUGCCCUUCCCGGGCCACAGACUGGACCAGAUCUCCAGGUGGUACGGCAAGAGGAGAAUUGAGGGGCUCCCGUACAAACACCUGAUCACCCACCACCAAGAGCCCUCGCACCGCCAUCUGAUCAGCACGUACGAUGACCAUUACAACCGGCAUAAUUAUAACCCGGGCCUGCCCCCACGCCGCACCUGGAAUGGACACAGGUUGCUGUGGCUCCCAGAGAAAGCCGACUUCCCCCUUCUCGCUCCUCCUACGAACUACGGACUCCACGAGCGGCUGAAGCAGAGAUGGCUCAAACCCGUGGCUGGCCCGAGGGAGCCUGUUUACACCUCCUCCUACCCCAGACCACCCUUGUGUGCCUUGUCCCAGCGGGAGCAUGCCAUCCCGGUCCCCCCCCCUCGCCUGCACCCUGUCCCACACUUCUGAGAACUGUCACCCCACCAGCAGUGCAGGCAGAACCAACUGGAGAGCCCCCGCACCAUCGGACCCGCCAGAGAGCAGGCGGCUGCAGAUACACCCAGAGCUUUUAAUCCGGCCCAUCAGAGAGGCCCUUAGAAUCAUGAUGUGUGUUUUAUGGUUCCCAGCCCUCCUCCAAACCCACAGCUUCCUUUCUUUCCCAUGCCACAAUUAAAGCUCUUUGGCAUGGUGGAGUGCCGUGUAUGUACAGAAGACAGACCUCAUU